GCUGAGAGGCGGAUCGUGGCCGGCAGAGGGCCUCUGUGCUCGGCCUCCUCCCUCCUCACUCCCCGCUGAUCCUCCUCCAUUUAAAGUUAACGGACUCCGCGUUAGAGAGAGGCUUUCUGUCCGGCAGCAGAGGAGCUCACAGCAGGCGACUCAAGCAUGUCCUCCCCCACGCACCCAGAGGUGAAGGAACUGAACCCCGUCGACUUCAUCCAGCUCCAGCACUACAUCGAGUAUUGCCGUCUGAAGGUGAAAGACGUCCUGAGGGAGUUCGAUGCAGACGGCCGGCUGGCGAGCCAUCGACACGGAGAGUGCAUCGACGAGGAGGGCUUCCGUCUGUUUCUGAAAACCUACUUGGAGGUGGAGGACUUUCCUGUGGAUCUCUGCCAGAGACUCUUCCUCUCCUUCCAGAACUCUGAGCCUGGGAAGGAGGACGCCAAGGAAGUCUUCCUGAAAGAUGUUUCGUGUUAUUUCUCUCUGCUGGAGGACGGGCAGCCGAGAGACAAGCUGGAGUUCGCUUUCAAGCUGUACGACAGGGACGGUAACGGCGUCCUCGACAGCUCGGAAGUGGACAGGAUCAUAGCUCAGAUGAUGCACGCUGCAGACUAUCUGGGAUGGGAUGUUUCAGAGCUGAGGCCGGUUCUGAAGGACAUGAUGACGGCGAUCGAUGCCGACAGCAGCGGCACAGUGUCUCUGGACGAGUGGGUGGCGGGCGGCAUGAACAACGUGCCUCUGCUGGUGCUGCUGGGGCUCAAGAUGACGCAGCAGGACGGGCAGCACCUCUGGAGGAUGAAACACUUUAAUAAACCCGUCUACUGCAACGUGUGUCAGAGCAUGCUGCUGGGCAUCAGGAAGCAGGGGCUGUGCUGCACCUGCUGUAAAUACACGGUGCACGGCCGCUGUGCCAACAGGAACCCGGCGCCCUGCACACGGACCUAUGUGAAGUCCAAGAAAGAAACCGGGGUUCCUGCUCACGACUGGGUGAGUGGGAACUGCGACUCGAGGAAGUGUGAGAAAUGCCAGAAGAAGAUCAAGAGCCUGCAGGGACUGACGGGGAAACACUGUGUGUGGUGCCACAGCAUGCGUCAUGAUGAAUGUGCGGACCAGGAGCCGACAGAGUGCAGCUGUGGGGCCCUCAGGGACCACAUCCUGCCUCCAUGGGCCAUCUAUCCUGUUAUUAAGGAGAGACCGAACAUCGUGAAGAACGGCUGCUCGGGGUCUGUGGACGACAGCGAGCUCAACACGACUCCUGAUGGACAAGUGCUGCAGAUCAGCCCGGUGGAGAACACCCACCCUCUGCUGGUGUUUGUGAACCCUAAGAGUGGAGGCAAGCAGGGAGAGAGAGUCCUGCAUAAGUUUCAGUAUUUACUGAAUCCACGGCAGGUAAACAACCUGAUCACCGACGGACCGGGACCCGGUCUGAGUUUCUUCAAGACUCUGCAGAACUACAGGAUCCUGGUCUGUGGGGGGGACGGCACCGUGGGCUGGAUCCUCGACGCUAUAGACAAAGCCAACCUGGUGGUGCGCCCCCCCGUCGCUGUGCUUCCUCUGGGGACAGGAAACGACCUCGCUCGCUGUCUGCGGUGGGGGGGAGGGUACGACGGAGAGGAUCUGACCCGGAUCCUGAGGGACAUUGAAGGCAGCACGGAGGUCCUGAUGGACCGAUGGAGCGUUCAGGUGCUCACAGAUCAGAACCAGGAGAAAGGAGACCCCGUGCCCUACGAGAUCAUCAACAACUACUUCUCCAUCGGAGUGGACGCCUCCAUCGCUCACCGCUUUCACACCAUGAGGGAGAAACACCCGCAGAAGUUCAACAGCAGGAUGAAGAACAAGCUGUGGUACUUUGAGUUCGCCACGUCAGAAACGAUCUCUGCUUCGUGUAAGAAGCUGAGCGAGAGCCUGGAGAUCGAGUGCUCAGGUACUCCCCUGGAUCUCAGCGGUUUGUCUCUGGAAGGCAUCGCCAUCCUGAACAUUCCCAGCAUGCACGGCGGCUCCAACCUGUGGGGCGAGAGCAAGAAAGGGGACGCUAAAACAGGGGGAGGGGGUCCGGAGGAGCCCGAGGUCAUCGUGGACCCCGAGGUUCUCAAAUUCACCUCCCAAGACCUGAGUGACCGGCGUCUGGAGGUGGUGGGUCUGGGGGGGGCGAUGGAGAUGGGUCAGAUCUACACCGGGCUGAAGAGCGCCGUGAGGCUGGCCAAGACCUCGCAGAUCACCAUCAGGGUGAAGAAGGCCUUGCCGAUGCAGAUCGACGGGGAGCCGUGGAUGCAGCCUCCCUGCACGAUCCACAUCACUCACAAGAACCAGGCCCGCAUGCUGAUGGGUCCUCCGAGCAAGUCUUCCGGUUUCUUCAAAUAAAAGGAGCCCCUGCCCCUGCACUGGUUUACUGUAAAUAACCCCCUUUUUAGGAAUAAAUCAAAGCAGUCUGAAUGUUGUAGAAGAAAACCUGCAUCUCUGUAACCGACGCAUGGCGCUGUAUGGAAACUCCGGUUAGUUUGCAUCGUGGAAAUAUGAUGUUUUUUUUGUAUUAAUACUCCACUCUCGCUGCCAUAUUUAAAGUGAAUAUAUAUCACGCUAACAGAAGUGUACUCGGCUUCCUGUGCCUUCACCUGUUCCCUUUAUGUCGGCUGUUAGUAGAGUGUCGUCGUGCACUUUGGAUAUUAUCCACGUGGUGUUGCUGUUUUCUCUGUGGCUGUAAAACAUCAUAUUUACUAUGUUUUUGGGACUUUUAUCAUACAUGACUACGGAGGCCCGGGAGUGACAAAAGAGCAAAAAAUAUAUUUUAAAACACGUUUCAGACGUCAGCUUUGUUUUCACGGACGUCACGUUGUUGUUGUUGUUUACGUCCGCGGCUACUAAUUGAUAUAUCUUAUAAACAAGAUCAGCGCCACAGUACUCGUAUCUUUUAGAAACAGGUGAACAUUAUUUUAAAUUGAUCUGUAGUUUGUAGUCUGGACAGUAUGAAUGUGUGUCUUCAAAUAUUACAAAUGUAGUGCUUUCUAUACAAAUGUAAUACAAUUAAAGCCUUAAUUUAUUAAUUUUGUAUUAUUAUUGUCACUCCUGGGCCUCCGUACCUUUGCAGAAGAUACUUGAAAGUGUUUUGGGGAACAGGAGUGUGUGUGUGUGUGUGUGUGUGUGUGUGUGUGUGUGUGUGUGUGUGUGUGUGUGUGUGUGUGUGUGUGUG